AUGGGUCAGCUUGAGCGAAGCCAUACCACGGUGUCAAAGAAAACCGACGUGAACCAACCGGGACUGAAAUUACCGGAGGGCCAAUCUUCUCCCCCAAUCCCUAAAUCCUUAAUCCCCCAAAAGGUCGGCAACGCACUCGUAACUUCUCUGUUGUUGCGGGUGUCCACGGGCGGCGCCGAUUGCUUACCACCAGCAAACAUGUCGAUCCACAUCAAGGACUCCGAUGAUCUGAAGACCAGGCUGUCUGAAGCUGGCGACAAGUUGGUGGUGAUCGACUUCAUGGCCACUUGGUGUGGACCUUGCAAGAUGAUCGGGCCUAAACUAGACGAGAUGGCCAAUGAAAUGGCUGACUCCAUUGUUGUCCUCAAGGUCGACGUCGAUGAGUGCGAGGACAUCGCGACGGAGUACAACAUCAACUCCAUGCCUACCUUCGUGUUUGUGAAGAGCAGCAAGAAAAUAGAGGAAUUCUCAGGCGCUAAUGUCGACAAGCUGAAGAACACAAUUAUCAAGCUUAAGUAA